AUGAAGCUUGUAUUCCUGCCUCCAAAUGUGACGUCUCUCGAACAUCAGGCUGGUGCCCGGCUGGUCAACUCCCUGGAAGGCGACCCCAGUCUCUUGACUCUAUUCAACUUUCUGGAGCAUAUGCCUGCUCGCUUCGCCCAUAGUCCGUGUCUCAGAGAUAUCGCUAUGCUCUUUUGCUCCACCCAUUCGGCUCUCCGCAGGGGAGGCUCCCCGACGACGGAUGUGAGCAUCAUGAGGGAUUAUGGUAGGGCUCUUCGGACACUACGGCAAACGCUGGAGGGGGCCAAGGAUCUAGAGUUGGAGACAUUGGCAUCUGUCGCCUUGCUUAGCCGUGCAGAGUCCGUCUUCAACCCAUCCUGGACUCCAUUCAACCGCGCACACGCCGAGGCUGUAGUCUCGUUCGUUAUGAAGUUGGGUCAUCCUGAGCCCGAUGACGUGUUCCAUAUGGAUGUAUUGUUUCAAAGCGUUGAGGAUUUGCUUUUCCAUUCAUUCUCCAAGAGCCAAACGCAUGUUUUCAAUCAGCCGUUAUGGCGGCAAACUAUCGCAGAAGCCACUCUGCGAUUCUUCCCGCCAGAGCUGAGGCCAUACGGCCAUCAUAUGAUCUCCAUCUUCUACGAGUAUUUGAACAAGACGCCCAAGUUGCUUGCCAAGGUGUACAAAGUCCAUCGAAACCCAUUUAAGCCUGGCAUGCAAGAACUAGCAUCCUACCUGUCAGAUGCCCUUGCCCGAGAUUUGCUCCGCGCGAAAAGCGCUCUAGAUUUGGUCUUUGAGAAGGCGUUGGACGUAGGACAAUUCAAGAAAGCUUUUGAUGCAAACUUCUUUCUCGGCGAGUAUUAUCAAGUCAAGAACACUCGCUUGGGAGAAUCCAUGACUCUAUUUCAGUCAUUAAUUGUCAGCAUCGCACGUAUCCGCUAUGAUUUGGGCACCUUGUACGACAUCUCGACGGCGAGCGCACUGUAUGAUGAAUACCGGGGCGCCUGCGAGGAGUUGUGGAUGUUUAUCCCUCUCCGAAUCGAACUAUAUCACGCCUUUGCAUUCGGGGCCUUGACAACACUGACGCCGUCGUAUGAGGCUUCUGAGGGUUGUGAGAGGGAUUAUCUGAACGAUCUUCUCCAAGAUCAAUACCAAUACUCUAUGAGGCUACCCAAAGACAAAGCCAGCCUCGAAGUAGCCAUGAUAAUGCGAGCCAAAGCAAUGACAGGCCGGCUGCCUCUCGCAUUCGUGAAUGGAUAA